UCUCCAGUUGACUCUGACUCGGUUUGUGUGAACAGAAGGAGAAGCAAAGAUCUGAUCAGGUAAAAGAUGGCGCAGCAGCAAGAAGUGAAUUUUGAGGAAAAACUUUUCAAUGUUCGUAGUGAGUUUGUGGAAAGAGUUUCUGAGGAAAUCCUAAAUCAGCUCCUCGAUGGCCUCCUAUCAGAUUGUGUCUUUAUUCUUUCGGAGAAAGAGAAUAUACUUCAGAAGAACCAAACCAGAGCAGACAAGGCCCGCGACACCAUAGAUUCUGUGAUAAAGAAAGGAAAAAGAGCCAGCAGAUUGACGAUCCUACGUCUUCACCACAAAGAUCCAACUCUGUCCAACCAGCUGGGUUUGUCCUCAGAUUCCUUUGGUCUAGAUUUUGAUGUUCGGUGUCGACAGGAGCUUAAAGAGCAUCUGAAGAAGAAGCUCCAACGUCUCUCUGAAGGCAUUGCUGAACAUGGAAAUAAAACAGCUCUGAAUGAGAUCUUUACAGAGCUCCACAUCACAGAGGGGUUAACUAGAGAGGUCAACCAGGAACAUGAGGUCAGACAGAUUGAACAAGAAUCCAGGAAACAAGAAACAAUCAGAAGAGAAGAUAUCUUUAAUGUCCUACCUGGAACAGAUCAACCAAUUAGAACAGUGAUGACCAUGGGAGUGGCUGGCACUGGGAAAACCAUCUUAACAAGGAAGUUCACUCUGGACUGGGCUGAAGGCAAAACCAACCAAGAUAUUGAUUUCAUAUUUCCCAUCGCUUUCAGCGAACUAAAUAAUUUGAAAGAAGAAAAGUUCAGCAUGGUGGAGCUGAUUCAUAGUUUGUUUCAUAAAACCAAAGGAAUCAGCAACUUUGAAGCAUUCCAAGUUCUGUUCAUCUUUGAUGGCCUGGAUGAGAGUCGACUUCCUCUGGACUUCGAAAACACUAAAACAUUAACUGACCCUGAACAGUCCAUCUCAGUGGAUGUUCUGAUGAUAAACCUCAUCAGGGGAAAACUGCUUCCCUCUGCUCUCCUCUGGAUAACCACAAGACCUGCAGCAGCCAGUCAGAUUCCUGCUGAGUUCACUGACAUGGUGACAGAGGUCAGAGGGUUCACUGACCCCCAGAAGGAGGAGUACUUCAGGAAGAGAUUCAGAGAUAAAGAGAAGGCCAGCAGGAUCAUCUCCCACAUCCAGAAAUCAAAAAGUCUCCACAUCAUGUGUCACAUCCCAGUCUUCUGCUGGAUCACUGCUGAAGUUCUGGAGAAUGCGAUAAUGACCAAAGAUGCAGGAGACAUGCCCAAGAUGCUGACUGAGAUGUACAUAGAGUUCCUGCUGGUUCAGCUCACAUUCAAGAAGAAAAAGUUUGGAGGUGCUGAAAAAGUGGCUGAGAACAAGAAGCUGAUUGUUUCUCUAGGAAGACUGGCUUUUGAGCAGCUGCUGAAGGGAAAGAUGAUCUUUGAUGAAUCAGACCUCACACAGUGUGACAUCAAUAUCAAAGAUGCUUCAUUGUUCUCAGGAGUUUUCACUGAGAUGUUUAAAAAGAAGAGAGGGACGCGCAACAUCUCUGUCUACUCCUUUGUCCAUCUGAGCAUCCAGGAGUUUGUGGCUGCAGUCUACAUGCUCCACUGUUUCACCAGCAGGAAGUCAGAGGUGAUCCAGACGUUCCUGGGAGAAGAAUACAGAGAAACAUCUCUAGAUGAGUUCAUGAAGAAAGUCAUGGAGAAAUCCCUCAGCAGUAAAAAUGGCCACCUGGACCUGUUUGUCCGCUUCCUUCAUGGUCUCACUGUAGAGUCCAACCAGAGUCUCUUAGGAGGCAUACUGGGUCAAACAGAGAACAGUCCAGAAACCAUCCGGAAAGUCAUCACCAACCUGAAGGAGAUGAACACUGAUAGUAUCUCUCCUGACAGAAGCAUCAACAUCUUCCACUGUCUUGUGGAGAUGAACGACAUCUCAUUUUAUCAGGAGAUCCAAAGGCUGCUGGAUUCAGGGAAGAAACUCUCAGUGACUGACUGUUCAGCUCUGGCCUUCAUGCUGCAGAUGUCAGAGGUUCUGGAUGAGUUGGACUUGCAGAAGUACAACACAUCAUGGGAUGGACGACGGAGACUGCUUCCAGCUUUGAGGAACUGCAGAAAGGCUCGACUUGGUGGCUGGAGGAUCCAAAAGGUUGAUUGUGAAGUUGUGGUCUCAGCUCUGAAGUCCAACCCAGAUCUGACUGAACUGGAAAUAAGUGAGAUCGACAUAUAUAAAGGUGGAGAUGCUGAUAUGAAGCCUGUGUCUGAGAUCCUGGAGAGUUCCGUCAGUAAAGUGAAGAAUCUGGGAUUGGAGAGCUGCAGUUUGUCAGAGACCAGCUGGACUUCGCUGUUCUCAGCUCUGAAGUCCAACCCGACCCAUCUGAUAGACUUGGAGCUGGACAACACUAUUCUGGGAGAUUCUGGAAUGAAGGAGCUCUGUGGUUUUCUACAGACUGAAGGCUGCCAACUGGAGAAUUUGAGAUUGUUGAACUGCUGGAUGUCAAAGAUCAGCUGUGGUUAUCUGACCUCAGCUCUGAAGUCCAACGACCUCUAUAUGACAAAACUGGACCUGAGAGGAAAUAACCUGGAGGAUUCAGAUGUUCGGCAGCUGAAGCGUUUUGUAGACACGUUAGAGUGGGAUUCUGUCCAUUCUUCCCGUCGCGGAUCCAGCUUUGUCACCGUCAUUAAAGAAUUUUUAAAGUGAUCUCUGUAAAAUAGAGAAUGGUGUCUGUGUCCUGCUGAUCCUCAGACGUUGAAGCUGCAGCAGUUAGAGUAAAAAGAGACUCUGACUGGAUCAUGAUGAUGACCUCUGACCUCAAAAAUUUUCCUCCUGUUCAUUUUCUCAUGUCUGUCUGAUAUUGUUUGUCUCUUUGGAACAAUAAAGAUCCAAUUCAAACUGG